GCGAGGCCUUUCGCGACGGCUCCGCCGGGUGCCGAUUCAUGGCUUCGGCGGUGGCGAUGAUGGCGGCGGCCGGGGGCCCGGUGCUGAACGGGGCCGAUGCGGCGGGGCUGAAGGAAGCGGCGGGUAUGUACGAGCAGCUGCGGGCGGAGUGGAACCGCAAGAACCUCAGCUUGAGCAAAUGCGGCGACUUGCUGGGCCGCCUUAAGUUGGCUCUGCUUGAACUUAACUUUCUGCCCACCACAGGGACAAAACUGACUAAACAGCAGCUUAUUUUGGCAAGAGACAUUUUAGAAAUCGGAGCCCAGUGGAGCAUCUUGAAGAAAGACAUCCCAUCUUUUGAAAGAUAUAUGGCCCAGCUCAAAUGCUACUACUUUGAUUACAAAGACGAAUUACCGGAGUCGGCCUACAAGCACCAGCUGCUGGGCUUGAACCUCCUCUUCCUGCUGUCCCAGAACCGGGUUGCCGAGUUCCACACCGAGCUGGAACGACUGCCAGCAAAGGACAUUCAGACCAAUGUCUACAUCAAGCACCCUGUAUCUCUUGAACAGUACCUGAUGGAAGGUAGCUACAACAAAGUCUUCCUGGCAAAAGGCAACAUCCCGGCUGAGAGCUAUGCGUUUUUCAUUGACAUCUUGCUGGACACCGUCAGGGACGAAAUUGCCAGCUGCAUCGAGAAAGCCUACGAGAAGAUCCUGUUCAACGAGGCCACCCGCAUGCUCUUCUUCACCCCCAAGAAGAUGUCCGACUAUGCCAAGAAGCGAGGCUGGCUCCUCGGCCCAAACAACCAUUACUGCUUCAUGGGGCAGCAGCAGAAGCCGGAAGACGCCACCAUCCCCUCCACAGAGCUAGCCAAGCAGGUCAUCGAAUACGCUCGGCAGUUGGAGAUGAUCGUCUGACGCGCCCUUGCUGCACGCUGGGACUGUGGGCCGUUGCUUCUCCUCGCUGUGGGCUUUUUACUCUGUGUGUGUGUGUGUGUGUG